UAGGCUCCGUCCAUAUAUUCCUAUGUCAAUGGGGACAGUCGUCAGGUGCGCAACGAUUGUCCCGAGUUCUUUUUCAACUUGUUAUUUCGUAUUUAACUCACUUUUGCAAUCGGCCAUAUAUCGAACCUGAAAGGGAUCGAGUGCCAUUAAACACUAAGAAGAAGAAGAAGCGCUGAUAGUCAAGUGAUGGGACUUUACACACACACAUAUAUAUAAUAUAUAUAUAAACUGCUUCAUCAUUAUGAAUCCUUAUCAUUGAACGCAGCGGGGAGUGUUAAAACGUUGUCGCAUUGAGCCGAGAAUUACAUUUGCAGCCCGUCUGUGUGACAAAAGGUGCUGAAGCUGAAAGUAUUCGUUGCUUGAACAUCGAAAAUGUCAGAACUGCGUUUCGACAACCGUGUCGUCGUGGUAACGGGAGCUGGAGCAGGAUUAGGUCGAGCGUAUGCGCUACUAUUUGCGUCCAGAGGUGCCAGUGUGGUCGUAAAUGAUUUGGGAGGCAGCAGACACGGGGAUGGAAGUAGCACCAAAAGUGCGGAUGCCGUUGUUGCAGAAAUUAGACGAAAUGGAGGAAAGGCUGUGGCAGAUUACAACUCUGUACUCCAGGGUGACAAAAUCGUUCAGACAGCGAUCGAUGCGUACGGCCGUGUGGAUGUAGUUAUUAAUAAUGCCGGCAUUUUGCGAGAUACAUCUUUCGCGAAGAUGACAAUGGAGCAAUGGGAUGCGAUAUACGAUGUCCACCUUAAGGGAGCAAUGAUAACAACGAAAGCAGCGUGGCCAUAUUUUUAUAAGCAGAACUACGGCCGCAUAAUUUUUACUUCAAGCAAUAGCGGUUUAUAUGGCAACUUUGGACAAACCAAUUACAGUACGGCAAAGCUGGGUCUCGUAGGACUAGCUAAUACACUGGCCCUCGAAGGAAAAAAGAGAAAUAUUUACACCAACGUAAUAGUGCCUACAGCUGCUUCGCGCUUGACGGAAGAUGUCCUUCCACCGGACUUUUUCGAGCACAUGAAGCCUGAACUGAUAGCACCCGUCGUUUUCUGGCUGUGUCAUGAAAAUUGUACAGAAAAUGGUUCGAUAAUCGAGUCAGCAUUAGGCUGGGCUGGCAAAUGUCACUUGGUCCGCUCUACGGGUUGCAUUUUGCGGCAAGAUCUGUCAGCCGACGUCACGCCGGAGGCUGUGAAGGAGAAUUGGUCGCAGAUAAUCAACAUGAAAAAAGCGAAACGGUGCAAUACGAUUCAUGACGCAACACAGGAAUUAAUGUACGUUUUCGACAGCUUGUCUACUCCUGAUUCUCUUUCCUCUACUGUUGUCUCUUCUUCUUCUGAGGAAGAAAAUAUCAUGAUAAGCAGAUACAAUAAUCGUGACGUUAUACUGUAUGCGCUUGGAGUUGGAGCUACCGUUGCCGAGGCAGAUGAUCUACGUUAUUUAUAUGAAAAUCACGACAACUUUGCCAUUUUGCCUACUUUCUUCACCACGUACGGACCUAUGGGAUGCAUUGAAACUUCUGUUCUGCAGACUGCUUUACCAAACAUAGAAUUUAGCCUAGCGCAGAUCCUCCAUGGAGAACAAUAUCUGGAGGUUUUGAAACCUCUGCCUGUCGAAGCCACAUUAGAAACGCGCUUCAAAGUGCAAGAUGUUAUGGACAAGGGAAAGGGCGUCGUUGUUUUAGUUCAACAUGAUACAUAUAACGGGGCGACUGAAGAAAAAUUGUCGACUGGGCAGAUAUCUGUAUUUAUCACUGGUGUAGGUGGUUACGGUGGAAAACGCAGCUCUGACCAUAUUAUUCCAACCGUUCAGCCUCCUGCUAGAAAGCCGGAUGUUGUAUAUGAACAAAAAACUAGUGUUGAUCAGGCUGCUCUUUAUAGAUUGAGUGGAGACUACAAUCCUUUGCACAUUGAUCCUAAUUUUUCCGCAAUUGCUGGACAUAGAAUACCAAUAUUACAUGGACUGUGUUCGCUGGGAUUCUCCACUCGUCAUGUUAUUAAAACGUUUGCUGGUGGCGAUCCACACUUGUUCAAAUGCCUCAAGGUAAGAUUUGUAAAACCAGUUAUCCCAGGCGACACAUUGCGCACUGAAAUGUGGCGUAACGGUAAGAGAAUACAUUUCCGGACGAGCACAGACUCUACUAAGGAUGUUAUAGCAGGUGCAUAUAUCGAUCUACUCGAAGUUGUUGAACCAAUGCUGAAGGCAAACCGAUGCUCGGCCAGCGUAGAUUUGCAGAGCGAUGCUGUAUUCGUGGCGAUCGGUGAACAUGUGAAAACAAAUCCGGAAAAGGUCAAGAAAGUUAAUGGGAUUUUCUUAUACAAUAUUACCGUUGAUGGGAAGGUGGCAUCUGAAUGGACUCUUGACUUGAAGAAUGCUGAAGUGCACAAAGGAAAGCCUAAAUCUGGGAAGGCAGAUACCACGCUCACCAUUGACGAUAAAGAUAUGGUUGAAAUUGCACUGGGAAAAUUGAAUCCGCAGACGGCAUUUAUGCGUGGCAAACUGAAAAUAACUGGAAACAUCAUGCUCACGCAGAAAUUGAAAGGUCUCAUGGAAAUGAACAACGCGAAGUUGUAACCUUGUAACGUGUUAUGGAAAUCUGGUCGAAACGAUUGUUAUGUAUUAUGGGCUAGGGAUACAUGAUAGGGAUAUACUUUUCAUAAGUUGUUAUUAUCUGUUACAGCAGAACGUUUUUAUACAGAAUUUUAAUUUUUGGCAAAUCAUAAUUUUGUAUUCGUAUUUUUAUAUAUCAAUAUUGUGACAUACAGUUGUAAAGAUACUUAGUUGUUAGAUGCUGGACACAAUUUAUGGGACUGUAUGGUGAAAUAUAUAUAUGAAAUAUACAUACAUAUAUAAUAUGUAAAU